AUGUCAAAUCUUGAAGAAUUAACUUUGAAUAUUACGAACGAAGAACGAAAUACAUUUAUGGAUGGUACUCAAUUAGAUAAUGAAAUUAUUGUUCAUAUGCCACGACUUUCUAAAUUUACGUUUCAUAUUUGUACUAAAAUUGAACUGCAUCAUUUAGUUAAUUAUUUAUCGAGCGAUGAUAUUCAACGAACUUUUACUAAUACAAGAUAUCAACAAAUGGGGUGUAUAUUAUCUUACACGGCAGGUCGUGCUAUAUGUCAUGUUUUUUCGUUACCGUACAUGUUUGAUCGUCUCAAUUAUAUUGGCAACAAUUUUUUACCUAUUGUCUUUACUCAUGUUAGACGAUUGACGGUGCACGAUAAAGUCCCAUUCCAACAUGAGUUUUUCGUUCGAAUUGCUCGUUUUUUUCCUUUACUUAAAGUAUUCCAUGUUCUUAAUUUUCAAUCACAGAAAGUUGUAUCAGACAAACGGAAUUCUACUGAUAAUGAAUUGUUUUCAAUUGUUGAAUAUCCUCAUCUUGUUACACUUUCCUUGUUUUUAUCUCAUAUUGAUUAUGUCGAGCAAUUUCUCAACGAAACAAAAACACAUCUACCUUGUCUAACUACAUUAGAGGUCAAUUAUGAUCGAUUAACAAUUGUAACAGAAAACUUCACAAGAAAUAUAACACGGCUCAAUUGUGCUAAAGUGGAACAAUUAUGUAUUCGAACAAUAAUAGUACAUUCCAAAGAUGUUUAUGAAUAUUUUCCUCUGUUGUAA